GCCGCCACCAGCCCGACUCUUAUCGCAGUAUAGCACCGACAGCGGGACCGAGAAGCCGCCCGGUCCCCGCAGGCCCUCGCCCGCCGCCCUCAGCCCGCCCCGCUGGGGCCGCGUCCCGCCCUCUCAGCGCCGUUUCCAGCCGGCGGUGUUUGACGGGUGCACGGCGGCGGAGCGAGGCGGGAGAUCUGCAAAGGGUGGCGGGAGCUCCACAAUGUCAGUUAAGAGAGCUUUAAAGCUGGACACUGUUAGAAAUGAUAAUCCGCCUGAUGCAACACCUUUGAAGACCAAAAAGAAAAAUCUGAAGUCUUACUCACCAACAACAGGAACAUGCCAAAUGAGUCCAUUUUCGUCUCCCACGAGCCAUAAUGCACAAAAUCUCACAAAUCACCCAUCAAAUGGAGAUAAAACCGAGGAGAACGAUUCAGAGGGCGGAUUACCCAGAAGAGGGCAGCCUCAAACAGAGCAGGAUGCGUUUGUGGAAUUGCAGUCCAAAGUGAAAAAUUCAUUGGUUAGAAUUUUGAAGAUAAGAGCACAGCUGACAAACCUACAGGCUUUAGAGGGCAGUAGAGAGCUUGAAAAUAUUAUUGGUGUCUCCAGCUCGUCUUGCAACUUGAGGGCUGAAGUGCAGAAAACCCAAGUGCUAAUGAGUCAAGCAGAAGAACUGCAGCUGUUGAAAAGAAACCAUGGAAAACUUCCUGCAAGAGAGUACGUUCAGACCGGCAGCAGCUCCGUGUUCCUGAAGUCGCUCCGUGGCUGCGAUGAGCAGCCCCUGGUCCCUGCACCGCUGCCACGCACAGACAUUAUGUGAAAAAUGCAUUCCUCAUCAGCCCAAACUUCUACAUCUGCUUGACUGGACUUAAAAGGAGAGAAGAAAUGUCUGUAAACCAAUCUCCCCAGCAAAUACCAGUUUGGGAUUGCUCGUUGCGCCAGGCAGGUGCACAUCUAGAUAAAAUUUCUGGCAUCUAUUUAAACUUAACAAUGUGCACAACCAGAUAAUCUCAAUGUAAAUAAUACAUCAUGGUUGGUUUAUGCAAGCGCGUGUACAAAGUGCUGGUUUAGACUCACUGCUGUGUAGAAAAUAGACUAUAUUUUCUGUACGUUCUUACUGCAAAUGUAUCGAUUAUGUUCCCUUGUUGCAGGGGGGGAGGUGUUUUGUGGUUUUUUGUGUUGUUUUUGUUUUCAUUUUUUUAAAAAAGGUAAAGUAACCCUCCCUGCAAGAACUGCCUGGGACAUAAGCAUGUUAGAAGAUGAACUUUGGAUCCCAGGUGUCCAGUGGGAAAUGGUUGUGUCCCACUGGGGUGGGGUUGGGGGGUGCACACUCUCCGUUAAUGAAUUAAUUACCCCCCCAAGCUAGCAAAACAUAAUUUCAAUGAAAGCAUCUAGUUUUGCGACAGCCUGCCCCCCCCAAAAAAUUAUUUUUCUAAUGACAAUUGGGCUCAAAAGAAGAGGCAGCUUGCGGGGCAGGAAUUGGUCUGAGCGCUGAACACCUUUCACUUGCCACAGGUGGGGACCUUUUGUCAUCCACAACCCACCACACACCACAGCAAGCUAUCAGCUUCAAGUCCACAGCAUUAAACACACAGCUCUAACAACAUCUGCUUUUUAGGUCAACAUUUUGGUUUAGUUUUGGUACUUAAUGAUGUAUGAGGAGAGUUGUUAUAAACUUGGCAAACACCCCAUGUCUCAAAUUUGUGAGUGGGGCGCAGCCUCUCGUGUUGAAAGAGUGCAGUCAAAUGUUUGGGGUUUUUUUGCCAGAGAAAACAAGUUCAAUGUAAACACACACACCUGAACAUCCUUUCCACCACUGCCAAGAAUUGUUACUCAAACAGAUAAACACAUUUUUACAACUGAAAUUUUGAGAACCAAAGUGACAAAUGUGUUCCAGUGUGUGGUUAAACAUAUGCACACUCAAGCUUUGUGAGUUAUUAAUAUUGAUUGGGAGUUAUUAAUUAAUUACUAAUUAAUAAAAAUGGUUUUGCGCUUUAAUACCUGUGCAGCCUGAUUGGAAAAAACGUCAGUAAGUGUUUGGUUCCUAUUUCCCAUCUCCCGCAGCCUCUCGGGAGCUUUCUGGGUUGCUGGGUUUGUUGUCUGUACCUGGUUCCCCAGCUGAUGACUUUGGGUGACAACGGCAGGUGAGCCUGCAGCAGCAGGACUUAAUAUAACCUGAUUGUAACCGCUGGAGCUGGACAUUAAAUAAUGAUCCAUCUGCAAAUGAACUCAAGCUGUUCAGUGUACUCUUAGAAAAACAAAACUUUCUGUGAAAGUAUCAUUAAAUGUGAUGAUGGACAACA